AGUGCGUGUGUGCGGCAGCAGGCUGUGAUUUCUCUCGCUGGCCAUUUUGAAGUGCACAGAGACAGCGGGCGAUCUGAUGACACUGCGCUAACUCGCGGGGCUGUUUCUCGUAGCGUUACGGGCUCUCUCCCCAGUGGUUUCCACCGAUCCACCGUCCAGCCGGCUAGAAUCUGCAUGCUCGACGUUACGUGUAUGGGUUACUGUAUUUGAGCGUCCACUUCAAGAAGAGGUAUCAGGCCACCCAUAAUGAACGGGCCCAUGCACCCUCGCCCCCUGGUGGCGCUGCUGGAUGGGCGUGACUGCACUGUGGAGAUGCCCAUCCUGAAAGACGUAGCAACCGUGGCCUUCUGUGAUGCUCAGUCCACACAGGAGAUCCACGAGAAGGUGCUGAACGAAGCCGUAGGAGCUCUGAUGUACCACACCAUCACUCUGAUGAGAGAAGACCUGGAGAAGUUCAAAGCGCUGCGUAUCAUCGUCCGCAUCGGCAGCGGCUACGACAACAUUGACAUCAAAUCUGCCGGGGAACUGGGCAUUGCUGUAUGUAAUAUGCCAGCAGCUUCAGUGGAGGAGACGGCGGACUCCACUCUGUGUCACAUCCUCACCUUGUACCGACGCACCACCUGGCUUCACCAGGCUCUCCGGGAGGGCACGCGGGUUCAGAGCGUGGAGCAGAUCCGAGAGGUGGCGUCGGGAGCGGCAAGGAUCAGAGGAGAGACACUGGGACUCAUAGGGCUUGGUCGAGUAGGCCAGGCUGUCGCCCUGCGAGCCAAGGCCUUUGGCUUCAAUGUGAUUUUCUAUGACCCUUAUUUGGCUGACGGAGUAGAAAGAUCCCUGGGACUACAAAGGGUCACCACACUACAGGACCUGCUCUUCCACUCAGACUGUGUCUCUCUGCACUGCAGCCUUAACGAACACAACCACCACCUGAUCAAUGACUUCACCAUCAAACAGAUGCGUCAGGGGGCGUUCCUGGUAAACACAGCCAGGGGGGGGUUGGUGGAUGAGAAGGCCCUGGCUCAGGCUCUGAAGGAGGGGAGGAUACGUGGAGCUGCUCUGGAUGUUCAUGAGACAGAGCCUUUCAGUUUCAGCCAGGGCCCACUAAAGGAUGCCCCCAAUCUGAUCUGCACCCCACAUGCUGCCUGGUACAGUGAACAGGCAUCGCUGGAAAUGAGAGAGGAGGCAGCCAGAGAGAUCCGAAGGGCUGUCACAGGUCGUAUCCCAGACAGUCUGAAGAACUGUGUGAAUAAGGAGUUCCUCACCCAGAACAACCACUGGGCAGGAGUUGACCCAGCUACCGUCCACCCCGAGCUAAAUGGGGCUUAUAGGUAUCCCCCAGGAGUCGUGAGCUUGCCAGCCGGCGGCCUCCCGCCUCCAGUUGAAGGCAUCGUGCCCAGCGCCGUGCCCAUCACACAUACCCUCCCGCCCGCCGUCACACACCCUCCUCAUGCCCCGUCUCCUGGACAAAACACAGGGAAGCCACCAGAGGGCGACAGAGAGCAGCACCCAAAUGACCAGCUGUAGCCCCACACACACGCACAAACGCACACGCGCUUGCCCGUGUUGUCUGGUAAAUGGAGGGGGUCGGCAUGGCAACCGGUGUCAAAGCAGUAAGUUCCCUAGCGACAAGUUGUUAUCAGACGGGUUCGGAGAGUGUCAGAUCGACAGGUUGAGGUCCCUAAAACAAUCGAUUCACAACUCUCUGGCAAUUGGUUCUCAGCAGCCAGUUCACACUCCAAAGAGGAAGAAGAAGAGGAAGAUGAUAAAGAGGAUGAGGAGGAGGAGUGGAUAGCUGUCAAAUGCUCUAAUCAAAGCACGAGACAGUUGUCCUCUGCCCCAACCAGAGGUCCUGAGAAAGACUGUAAAACUCAAGGUCUGCAGGUUGAUCUUCACAUAACAACUUUAGUCAAGUUUUAAAUAGUUUCCUCUGCCAGAAGUAAAAAAAAAUAAACAAACAAAGAAAGAAGACAAUAACUCUCUCUUGAUUUGGAAAGAAAAAAAUACUGAAUCAAAUUCUGCUGUCUUAGCCUGUAGUGUGUCCAAGGUUAGAGGAGCAGGUUUCAUGUCUUUCUCUCCUUUUUCUGUGUCAUUUCCUUAAUUUGAUGUACAAGCAAAGUAGUAGGUUAUAAGAUGAAUGUAACCUGUCUGUGUACAGUUUUUAGACUUACAACAAGAUACCGAUAUUUGUAUUCCAGUCUUAACAAAAACAAGAGUUAUGUGAUUUCUCUAUGUAGCCAAACUGGUUUGAGAAUACAAUAUCUGUUUGUUGUUUUUUUUUUAAUGUGUCCCCAAAUUAACAAGCCCCCAAAAAAGAGGCAGCUUUUUGCACACCAUCUCAGGAAAUUAAGUUUCCGCAGUUGGUAUAUUAUUUUUGAUUUUUUGUUUUUGUUUUAAAAAUUCCUUUUUAUGCCACUUAGUGCUUUUGUUUUUCUACCUGCUUGCCUUUUUGUGUCCCGCUACAUUAGAAAAAGAACUUUAAACCAGAGCUAAAGUCGAUCUAAUGUUUGCUUUUGUCUGUUUUGUUAAAGGGGUAUGUGCAUUUUGCUCUUGGGACUAGUGUAAAUGUUUGACCCAAAUUGAGGGGGUUGCGGGAGGGAAGGCUGUAGGGAGGUGGCAAAAUGGUAUGCUUGGCUAGGGCGACUUCAUACCAAGCCGCAAUAUUUAAUUGCAAAAUAGAGUGGUUGUGUUAAUUACUCUGUAAGACAUAGCAGGCUGUCCAUAAGGUGAUUUACUCAGAGUUUGUAGCAGCUUACAGUUUGAGAAUCAUAUUCAUAAAAGGUACUUAUCUUUGUCUUCUUCAUGUCUAAUGAUCCAGUGCUUCCACUAUCACAUAGUAAUUGUCCAGCUCAAGGAGCAUGAGCAGUUCAGCACACCAAGGUUUAAAAAGGAUACACAGCAUUGCUUCAUGUGGUUAAAUGAGUAUUUUACUGAAGGUGCCCUUCUAGCUCUGGAUAUGUCAGAUCAGCCAACAGACUUGUGAACAACUGCAUUCAGAAAACUAACUUAUUCAACUGCUCUGCUUCUUGCCAAACAAUUUUUGGUUCGUAUAUGAAGUUCAACUCACUUGUACAGAUGUCACAUGCAGUUAAAGACAGAUGAGGAACAGUUGUGUGCCUGAAGUUAGGUCAAACCAAAUUUUCAUAUUUUUGAUCUCCUCCCAAGUCGACCUUUUAAGACUUUUGAAAAUGCUUUAUGGCUUCUCAUUUUAAAAUGCUUUGUGAAAGAGUAACAACCUGUUGGUUUGAACAAAAAACUAUGGUUUUAUAGAGAAGUGAGAGACAUCAUAUAUGCACAGUGAAGUAAAGAUGUGUAAUGAUAGCAUGUCAGAAUGUACAGAUUGCUCCGGACUAGUAUCCCUUUAACAUUUCACGAUGGCUCCUUCUUGAGUAUACCGUUUAGCCACCCUCUGUGGCCUCUGUGUCUAUGUGUACAUAUGGUGUUCUGCCUGCCUGUGUCAAUGUGACUUGGUUGUAUCUGUGUCUAAAAAAAACCAGCACUGGGAGGAGGGGUGGUGGCUAGUACUUUCCACGCGGCAUCAUUGCAAAGACCGCCAUCUCUAUACACAACUAAAACACGAAGUAAAAAACUAAAAAUGCUUCACAUCUGAGGUAGCAAACUGAGCCAGUAGGUUUUUACUGGUUACAUUCCCAUAAUGUAAACAAAAGGCUGGAACUGAUAGGUCAGAGGUAAACGAUCUGAAACUCUUUACCAUCAGGAAUACUUAUUACUGAUCCCAGCUCAUGUGUUGUUGAUGUUAACAGGCCAGCUAAGUGAUGGUGCUUUCUCGAUCCCCUUCUGCCAGCAGCUGAGUAGUAAAAAAAACAGUUCACUGUUGCCUACCUGGUCGUCUUCAUGGUGAGGUAGUAAGCAUAGCAAUCAGGGAUGGAAAUUUCACUAGCCUUUGGUGAGUAUUUUGCAGCCCAGGCUAGUGUUGAGUUCUCACUGGUCAGAAUCUGAACGGGGCAUCUUGUACAGAGGGUACUGAGGAGACAUUUAAAUAUCACUGUCAGGCUGGAGCCCCCAAAAUCCUGAAAGGGAUGAUGGAAUAUUUUGAACUUUACUCUUAAUCUUUCCUCACCGGAUGCCUGUCGUUAUGUGGGAGAGAAACUCUUUGCUAGUGUUUCGUAAUAUAAUUCUAAGCAUUCCUAAUUCAAACCGAUGGGUGCCACAAGUAAAAACAGCAGACUAGCUUUUUAAGUGUUGAGGUGCUCCUUGAAAUUCCAUCCCUGGUAGUAACAUACAGUCCACUGUUGCCUACCUUGGUCCCCUUUAUGGUAAAGUAGUAGGCGUAGCAAUAUACAGUAUACAUAUUCUAUAUUCUACAGUAAAUAUCAUUAUUUUUGGUCAAGACUGACAACCUGACAAAGAUAUGUUUGUGACUGUAUGCAUUUGUAUGAAUUAUUUUAAAAAGAAAUAAACUGUGGA